GCAUUGUGUGUGUUUAUGGUCCUGGCGAUCCGUCUACAGACCUAUAACAGCAGGUAGAAGCUGCCCUUCAGCAUGGUGGGACGUGCUUUCAGGAUUUUGUGUCUGCUGCCCGAUGGGAGGGGAGAAGAGAGAAUGUAGAUGGGUGAAUGAGGUCUUUGAUGAUGUCGGCAGCUUUACCCAGAGGGACAGGAGUAGGCAGAGCCCACGGAGGGGAGGCUCGAUUCCGUCAUGAGCCGUGCUGGGUCAACACAAAUGUCAAGUGCUCACAGCGUUGCUUAUCUUCAGUGAUCAGCCUUGUGAGUGCGGCUCAAGGACCGCAGGGUUUCAUCGCUUUCGUCCAAAGACUCGUUUCUUGCGGGAGUUCACCUACCGAAUGGUGUGAAAACUAUUCAAGGAAAUGUACGUUAAACAAAAAGCAAACUGCAAUCCUGCGCAGACGGCUCGUGAGCACAGUAAUGGGAAUGUCUCUGCGUGUUUUGCAAUCUCGUGGGCGGAGUCUCCGUGCUUUAAAGUUAAUAUAUCGGACGAUCUCUUCCAUUGCCCGAUGUCUCGGCGUGACUCGCCCUCCCUCUGACUCCCUGUUCUCCAGGUUUGAAAGGAUUUGCUCAAAUUCGGAGGAAGGGUUGGAGAGAGGAGAAAGUUUCUGAACUUUCGUGGAAGUUUCACUCUGAUUCGAUCCACAUUCUCAGCGAGACGAACCCAGCGCUUCUGUCCGCCCCGCUGGAGAAGAAUGCCGGUACUGAUUCUGACCAUGUGUCUGACCAUCGUCACCGCUGCAGAAUCUGCACUGCAACAAGUCACAGGGACGUUCGGAAGAGAGGUUACCCUGCCCUGCCAAGGCACAGCCACAUACAGGCGGGUGUACUGGCAGAAGAGUGAGCCCCCGAGCACCAGGGAGAAAGUGGUGAAUGCUCGCUGCCUCCCUUCAGAGCCAUGCUUGGAGCUUGUUGACCCUGCUUAUGCCAACCGCUCUGAGAUCCUCGCCAACAGCACCACAGGGAAUUUCUCCCUGCUGCUCCGUGAUCUCGUCGUGGCUGAUGAAGGGGUGUACAAAUGCAUCCUCCAGAGCAAUGGAGUCAUCUCUCAGAGAAUGGUCAACCUCAGUAUCGAAGCUGAAUACAGCCAGCCAGAAGUGAGGCAGUUGCCCCUUGAUGAUGUCCGGACCGGUAACACGGUGAACCUGAUCUGCACCUCCUCGAGCGGGUAUCCCCUCGCCACACUCCACUGGGUUAAAGAGAGCACUGGGGAGGCCCUCGGCAAAGGCCACAAUCUCACCAGCUACAGCCAGGACCACUGGAGGAUGUACCAGUUAUACAGCGAGCUGCAGCUCCCGGUGGAUCAUGGCCCCAUCUCCUGUUUGCUCAGGACCCGGAGGGGCAAGGUCCUGCCCUCUGCCCAAUUCACGGCAGCCAGCGAACGUCUGAAUUCAUUGGGUCAGACUGACGCCAUUCAUGGAGUGUCUGGGGGGCAACCAGGCUUCGGCCAGCUCAGUCGCACCGUUGUCAUCAUUAUCUCCAUCCUCGCCUGGAUCAGCCCCUAGACUCGAUGGUGAACUGGACCCAGAGCUUUCUGUCUCCUGUACCCCUCUCCUGUCCCUCACCACCCAGGCACCCUGGGGCAGACAGUGACUGAGGUGUGCCCUGCAUGAGGCUGUCACAUUAGUGGGGGGGUGGGGGUGGCUUCUGAGUCCAAUUACCCCCCCCCCACCUUCACAGAUUGACCCUCCUCCCAGGGAGAGUGGUCUCGGAGUUACGGAUUCCAGCAAUCGAUGUGAAUGGAGAGAGUACGCCAUAGCAGGGUGAGAGUACUUUAAACCAGAGUAAAGGGAGGAUUUGUGGUACCUCCUACACCUCCCCUUCUCUGGUCCCUACACCUCUCUCCUUCUCUGUGACCUCCUUCCCCCACAAGUGAAUCAUCUCAACAGACUGGUCCUCACCAUUGCCCAUUGUGGUUAGCGUGACACUUACAGCACCAGUGACUGGGAUUCAAAUCCCACAGCCGUCCCUGAGGAGCUUCCAAGAUCUCCCCAUGAUUGCGUGGGUUUCAUCCAAGCGAUGAAAGUCUCCUCAUACUUUGACGAUGUACAUGUUGGAGUUAGCCAUUUGUGGGCACGUUACGUGGGUGCUGGAAGCGUGGUGACACUGGCAGGCUGCCCAGCACAUUGUUGAUGCAAAUUCCUUAUGUUAGGCAGAGGAGGUGGAGCGAGGUGGGAGAUGGGUGAAGGAGAAGCCUGCCCCUUGGGCUGGUUCCUGAGCUGUGCUCCAGAUGGACCCAGUCCUCAGUGGAGAGACCUUCACUGCGGUUGGUGUAGGUUGUUGAAACUUGUGCCUGAACCACUUUGUAAAUCACUGGGGAUUUAUUGUCUCCCACUGGAUCACAUAACUUGUUUGGACUUUAUGUUUACGU